GCGAAACCACUCCCCACAAACAGUCCAGAACACGGCCGGGCUGUGCCUCGAAUGGGAAAGUGCGAAGUUAACAACUGCAAUGAGUUGGCAGAAGAACACAACGCUGUGUGGGAGAGUCUCCAAGACAGGAGAGACCAUCUACUCAUGCAGGGACUGUCGUUUGGACCCCGAGUGUGUGCUGUGUAAGGACUGUUUCCAGAACAGCACGCACAGAGGUCAUGACUACAAGACACGCGUGUCGGGAGGUGGCACUGCCUGUAGCUGUGGGGAUGUGGGGGGUUGGAGAGGCGCCCCCUACUGUUUCAAACACGCCCCUGACACCUCUGAUCACACUGGCUGGGGGGAGAAGGAGGACCCUCUACAUAGACACUCCGAAACAUCACUUAAAGGAGGUACUGUUGCCAUGAAGGCCCCGGUGUGUCUGAUUGAUAAUGGGACAGACGGGCGCUUGCGUGUCCAGCAGGGGGCACUGAAGAUCCUGGAGCAGAUCCAGCAGCCGGUGGUGGUGGUGGCUGUAGUGGGGCUCUACCGCACGGGGAAGUCCUACCUCAUGAACCGGCUGGCUGGGGCACAAACAGGCUUUGCUUUGGGCAGCACCAUCGAGUCCAAGACCAAGGGCAUCUGGAUGUGGUGUGUGCCUCACCCUAAUAAAGCAGGUCACACCCUGGUGCUGCUGGACACAGAGGGGCUGGGAGACGUGGAGAAGGGCGAUGAGAAACACGACACCUGGAUCUUCUGUCUGGCUCUUCUACUCAGCAGCACUCUGGUCUACAACAGCUUGGGCACCAUUGACAACAUCGCCCUGGAGAAACUGCAGUUUGUGGCUGAACUGACGGAGCACAUCAAGGUGAAGUCCAGUGGGCAUGACCGGAAGACAGAGCUGAUGCUGGUCUUCCCCUCCUUCGUGUGGACGGUCAGAGACUUCUCUCUGGAGCUGGAGCUGAAGGGCAAACCCAUCACUGCCGAUGAGUACCUGGAGAACGCCCUGAAGCUGAAACCAGUCGAAACAGGCUCCUCCCCUGAAGUUAAAAAGCACAAUAAGUUGCGGCAGAACCUGAGGGACUUCUUUGCUGUGCGGCGCUGCUUCGUGAUGGAACGUCCAGCCAACAGCAAAGACAUGAAACGCAUGGAGCAGCUGAAGGACUCUGACCUGGAGUCCAGCUUUGUGCAGCAGGCAAAAGCGUUCUGCAGCUACAUCCACCACAGCGCCCAGGUCAAGGCCAUGAGAGGAGGCCGGGGGCUGAACGGCAGGAUGCUGGGCAACCUGGCAGAGACGUAUGUGGAGGCGAUCCGCAGUGGGAAGGUGCCGUGUCUGGAGAGUGCUGUGGAGUCGCUGGCGUCGAUCCAGAACGGCCGGGCCAUCACAGAGGCUCUGAAGUUCUACCGGGCGGAGAUGGAGCGCAAAGUGAAGUUCCCCACAGAGACUCAGGAGGCGCUGUCUAUGAUUCACACUGCUGCAGAGAAACUGGCCAUCAGCAUUUUCAUCAAUGAAUCAUUCAAUGACCAGGACCACAAACACCAGCAGCAGCUUGUGACAGACAUGGCGAAAGAGUAUGGGGAGUUGUGUAAGAAGAAUGUAAAAGUGUCUCGUAAAGGGUGCUGGUUAGUCAUCUCCCAGGCGUUUGCCUCUCUGGAUAAAGCCUUGACCAACGGCUCCUACAUGAGGUCUGGGGGCUAUGAAGACUUCCGCUCUGCACUCAACAGAGGAGCUCAACUCUACAGAUCAGGAAAACGCAAGGGAGUCAUGAGUGAGGAGGUUCUGACAGAGUAUCUGGAAGAGAAGAACGUAGUUGGGAAGAGCAUCCGUGCUGCUGACCGCUCUCUAACUGAAGCCCAAAAGAAGAUGGAAGAGGACAAGGUAAGGCGGGAGGAAGCAGAGCAGAAGCAGAAACUUCUGGUACAGCGUACCAACCUCCAGCAGCAAGCCAUUCGUGACCUGGAGAGAAGCAAUGAGGAGAACAUCAGGCAGUUGGAGGUGAAGAUGGAGGGGGAAAGAGUGAGAGCCCAGGCAGAGCUGGAGCGGGUUGUAACCGCUAAACUCAAGGCACUCGUGUCCGUAGGUGGCAGUGUGUGUGACUAUGGGGAUGUGGGGGAGUGGAGAAACGCCCCCUACUGUUCCAAACACGUCCCUGACACCUCUGAUCACACUGGCUGGGGGGAGCAGGAGGACCCUCUGCAUAGACACUCCGAAACACCACUCAAAGGAGGCAUUGUUGCCAUGAAGGAGCCGGUGUGUCUGAUUGAUAAUGGGACAGACGGGCGCUUACGUGUCCAGCAGAGGUCGCUACAGAUCCUGGAGCAGAUCCAGCAGCCGGUGGUGGUGGUGGCUGUGGUGGGGCUCUACCGCACGGGGAAGUCUUACCUCAUGAACCGGCUGGCUGGGACACAAACAGGCUUUGCUUUGGGCAGCACCAUCGAGUCCAAGACCAAGGGCAUCUGGAUGUGGUGUGUGCCUCACCCCAAUAAAGCAGGUCACACCCUGGUGCUGCUGGACACAGAGGGGCUGGGAGACGUAGAGAAGGGCGAUGAGAAACACGACACCUGGAUCUUCUGUCUGGCUCUCCUACUCAGCAGCACUCUGGUCUACAACAGCUUGGGCACCAUCGACAACAAUGCCCUGGAAAAACUGCAGUUUGUUGCUGAACUGACGGAGCACAUCAAGGUAAAGUCCAGUGAGCAUGACCGGAAGACAGAACUGAUGCUGGUUUUCCCCUCCUUCGUGUGGACGGUCAGAGACUUUACUCUGGAGCUGGAGCUGAAGGGCAAACCCAUCACUGCCGAUGAGUACCUGGAGAACGCCCUGAAGCUGAAACCAGUCGAAACAGGCUCCUCCCCGGAAGUUCUUAAGCACAAUAAGUUGCGGCAGAACCUGAGGGACUUCUUUGCUGUGCGGCGCUGCUUCGUGAUGGAACGUCCAGCCAGCGGCAAAGACAUGAAACGCAUGGAGCAGCUGAGGGACUCUGACCUGGAGUCCAGCUUUGUGCAGCAGGCAAAGGCGUUCUGCAGCUACAUCCACCACAGCGCCCAGGUCAAGGCCAUGAGAGGAGGCCGGGGGCUGAACGGCAGGAUGCUGGGCAACCUGGCAGAGACGUAUGUGGAGGCGAUCCGCAGUGGGAAGGUGCCCUGUCUGGAGAGCGCUGUGGAGUCGCUGGCGGCGAUCCAGAACGGCCGGGCCAUCACAGAGGCUCUGAAGUUCUACCGGGCGGAGAUGGAGCGCAAAGUGAAGUUCCCCACAGAGACUCAGGAGGCGCUGUCUAUGAUUCACACUGCUGCAGAGAAACUGGCCAUCAGCAUUUUCAUCAAUGAAUCAUUCAAUGACCAGGACCACAAAUACCAGCAGCAGCUUGUGACAGACAUGGCCAAAGAGUAUGGGGAGUUGUGUAAGAAGAAUGUAAAAGUGUCUCGUGAGGUGUGCCGGUCAGUCAUCUCUCAGGCGUUUGCCUCUCUGGAGAAAGCUCUGAACAACGGCUCCUACAUGAGGUCUUGGGGCUAUGAAGACUUUCGCUGUGAACUCGACAGAGGAGCUCAACUCUACAGAUCAGAAAAACGCAAGGGAGUCAUGAGUGAGGAGGUCCUGACAAAGUAUCUGGAGGAGAAGAACGUAGUUGGGAAGACCAUCCGUGCUGCUGACCGCUCGCUAACUGAAGCCCAAAAGAAGAUGGAAGAGGACAAGGUAAGGCGGAAGGAAGCCGAGCAGCAGCAGAAACUUCUGGUACAGCGUAACAGGCUCCAGCAGCAAGCCAUGUGGGACCUGGAGAGAAGCAAUGAGGAGAAUAUCAGGCAGUUGGAGGUGAAGAUGGAGGGGGAAAGAGUGAGAGCCCAGGCAGAGCUGGAGCGGGUUGUAACCGCUAAACUCAAGGAGCAGCGGGAGCUACUGGAGUGUGGCUAUAAGAGGCGUGCUCAGGACAUGGAGGAGGACAUCAGAAAGCUACAGACAGAUCAGAAGAAAGCGCAGGAGAAGAAGAAGAGCCCGUCCUUCUGGGGAAAGGUGGCCGGUUUUUUUGGCUUCUAGCACUGGGCCAGAGGAAAGGUGGUCCUGGCUGGAGAAGAUUAUCUUGAUUGUAAGGAAAAGCUGGUAGUAAAAAAAUGCAUAACCAGAGAUGAAUUAGAUGGGUAAAGUAAGUUUUCUUGCACAGCCUGCAGCAAUUACGUAGGGGUUACAAAUGUAAAGGCCAUUGUAUGAGGCCAUAUUACCCACAGUUCAAACUUUACCUCUUAUACACACCUAUAUUGUAUUGAAAUAUGUUUUUGACAUUUAAUAUUUGAUUUCCCAUACCUUUUACAUUUUUUUAAGUUGUAUUAUUUAUUCUACUAAUCAUGUAGUCCAUAUACACUAGCUAGUUAGCUCCUGUUAGCAGACAUUAACCAUGUUGAAUGUGAGAUCACUGAAAGUCCUCACAAAAACAAAUAUUUCCACUGGACUAUUAUCAGUGUCAAAUAUUACAUCAUGAAAUAAUGCAACCCUCCUUUAAUAAUAUGGGUGUUAUAAAUAUUUUUAUUUUAAUUUAGACAUCAUUGGUUGAUUACAUAUGUCUUAUAUCUAAAUACCAGUUACACAUUCUGAAAUUGUUCCUAAACUGUAAAAAUGAUUUAAAAAAAAAAAAUGUGCUCUCUCAUGUUUGUUUCCUCUAGUUUUAUUCUAACUUUCUCCACACUUCUCCAUAAAAGUGUUGACACAGGCCUGACACAGCUCCUGGAUUAAAUUGAUGACAUCAGAAUACUUCUUUUCAACUCUGCCAGUUUUCCAGUGUCACAUGUCAUCUGCAAUGGUGCAGAUGUUUUCCAGUUGAUUAGGUAGGAGAGUUCCUGGAAAAGGAUCUUGACUGCUGUCUUCAUGUAAUCAGGAACUGUGGCCGUGUGAAUGUGGAUCUGAUCCAUAUUCUUGUGGGCCUCGUUGAAUGCGUGCCAGCUUGAGUUACAGAGUCUGGGUACUUUAUGUACUUGAAGCCGGUUGGUGGGGGGGGUUCUUGAUGAUGAAGAAGUCAGUACCUGAGGAGAUGAAGACGAGCUCCCCCAUGAUGGCAAUAGAUGGCGUGGUGGAGAGAUCUUCGCAAUGUUUAUGUCCAUUGCUUAUGUCCAAAAGUCAGGUGCUAUAGGACAAUUUGACACAUCAUACUUCUUCUUAUGAAUGGAAAGACCCUUUACAGAAUGAUGGCAAAGAGACAGGUUGCAUAUUCAUGAAGGGAUGGAACUAUGGGGUAACACCCCUUAUACUCAGAGUAAUCCUUCAAAAAUAUAUGGUAUAAAAAUGACUCAGUAUCUACACAAGCUCCACAGUAGUAACUGACCAAGCUUUUUGAAUGACAGUGUCUGUUACGACCCCUGGUGGCUCGGAGUAGAAGCUUUUUGAAUGAUAUUGUCACACCUGCACUGAGCCCUACUCCUGCCACGCCCCCUCCUGAUUCAACUCACCUGCCUCCGUCACAUUCCCAGUCCCCGAAUUAUAAUCACGAACACCUGUCACUCCCUCCACCACACUAUUUAAACUCCUCACUCCCCUCACUUGUUGUCUGGCCUCAUCCUGUAUGGACUGGAGAAGUCUGUUUCUAGCAUGAAGUCCGUGACAGACAGUUGGCAUGGUUGAAAACUGACCCUAUAGUUAGUAGAUAGUGAUUUCAGAAUAUGAUAAUGAGGCAAAAAUCUGCAACGGGAACACAUUUUCCAUAGAUAACAGAUAACAGACGAAUUGAGUGGGACAAAGUCAUUAAGCUACUAUCUGAUGUCAUUUUGAAGGGGACCACUCAAGGAAUGUAGUAGUACACGUUUUAUACAUGAGGAAUGAGUGUAGCUGCCAUGGCAACUGUGCAACAGUACUGGGUGCAUGCCUUUCUUGUGCCAGACUGACAUGGACCCUAGUUAGUAGCAAUCUGCAACAGGCCACAUAUCUCAGUGAAAGUCAGCUUGAUCAACGGUCUCAAACCCAUUCUAAUAGUACUGCAAUCUGCAAUCCUUCAUAUCUAAAUACCCUCUUAUCUACAUCACAUGGUGUGAUUUUAUUGGGGUUGAACUGGGCAGCCUCAGGUUUGUGGGUGGGUGGGUGUUGAGGUAAAAUUAACAUUGCCUUAAAAAACUGCAAGUCCCACAAUGCACCACUAGCAGGCCAGUGCAGCCUGCUCAUUAUUUUAAGUGGGAGCACCUG